AUGACAACAUCCAGAGACCCAAAUGUCAUUGGCUCGCAUUACGAAGUCGAUGGUGAAGUCCAUCAAGUCGUCCCUCGAUUAAGACGCCAAGUUCGUCGAAUGAAUCCUGAAGUUACAUCACGGUUGGAAUUACGCGCAAAUACAAUCAUUAAUGAAGUUGUUGAUCACAAUUUUACGGAAUUGUCAAUUAAUGAAAGUAAUGGACGUGGUGGUGCGGGGUCGCUAUCGAAUUUUUAUUCUUCAUUGAACAGUAAUAGUUUUGUCAGCAACAGCAAUAAUGGUAAUACCAUCACCCAUGCAGCAAGAAGAUCCAAUGAUUUCCCCAGCUUGCCCCUUCAUGGCGUUCAUAACAAUGACCAUCGGGUUAGGUUCCAGGAUUCUUCGUUUGACCAACUGUCAAUUAGAGAUUCGAUUAGUGAUAAUGGAAGACAAAUUCCCACGGCGACAGGAGGAGGAGGAGCAAUAAUGAUUGGCGCUUCACCAAAAUAUUUACAACAAACGAUGCAGCAAGUUUGUUUAGCUUUGGACUUGUCAUUUACUGAAGCCAACAUGGCCAAGAUUAUCGACAAGAUUACUGAAUUGAAAACGACUCAAUCAAUGUCAUUUCAAACACAAACGUGGAUGAAUGAGCGCAACAAUUUGCACAAGAAGAUUUCCUCAUUUGAAGAAGCCGUAAAGGAAAAGAAUGAAAUUAACAAGGCACUCAAUUUGGAUUUACAUGAUUUGAAGCAAGUAGAAACACAACACAUCCACAAGAUUGAACUAUUGGAAGCGCAAUUGAAGGAAUCUUCAAUGAAUGCCGCUAAAACCAUAUCUGAGUUGUUAGAAUGCAAAUCUACGUUUGAAUCAUUUGAAAAUGACCUGAAUAAUAGAUUUCAAGGGCAACAAGAACAAAUUCAACAAUUGGAACGUGAUGCAUCUCAAUUACGCCACGAGAAUUUGCAAUUGAAUCAAGAUUUACCCAAAUUGAAGCUGGAAAACAGCGAUCUAAUCGAACAAAAUCAAUCAUUGGCAGCUAAUAUCGAAUCAGUGACUCAAUCACAUUCCGAAGACAAGGCCCAAUGGGAAAAGAAGUUGCGCCACUACAAGAAACAAGUUUUGGAAAAGGAGACCAAGUUGGAAUCUAUGGCCAACCAAAUUGCCACCAUCAAGACUAAAUGUAAUCGCAAGCUAAUCACGUUGGAAAAUGAUCAUAAUUCAGCGCUUGAUUCUCUUUGUAUUGAAAUACAAAUUCUACGCAAUAUCAUUGAUAAACAUUUCGAAUCCGGUGCCAAUAUCGAUUAUACAAUUACUUCUCCCGAUGCUGCAUCUGUCACAACCGGUGCUUUGUCAGCGCCAACAAGAUCAAAGUCAUUAUCUAUACACGCAAACAGCAACAACAGCAAUGUCAAAGACGCCCAAGCAUCACGACAACCCAGCCAAGAUCUCAAUCCCGCCAAGUCCCCACCGUUUCCAGAACACCUCCUCGCUUCAAUCUCCACCAAACUCAAACUCACCGCAAGCACAAGCACAAGCACAAGCAUCCCCACUGGUGCCACUGCCAAGAACCAAACUACUCAAGAUCCAUCCACACUCUACAUCCGCCAAUUGUACGAGAACCGAUACUUGCAAGCGCUCAAGGACCAAAAAGACCUAGCCGAUUCCAACACCAUCAAUCACGCAACAUUAGCCAAUCUCUUGCAUAUUAACUUGCACUAUUUUGAAAAAUUGGUGCCCAAACAUGACAGAUUGAAUUAUUUUAAAUUGUUGAUUAAAGAAUACGAGAUGCGCAAGAUUGUCCAGUCAAUUGAUUUGAACUUGAUUAAGAAGUUGGUUGAGACCGAUUCGAUCUUGAUGUCGGAUGUCAAUAAACGGUUGAAUGAGUUGGAUAAGUAUGUCUUGUGA